UAGUGGAACAGCUUGGAUUGCAGAUAUUGCAGAGAGGGCUGCUGGCUUGCUAGUAUUUCCUGAUUAGUUAAUACCACUGACCUGAGCGCUUUGCCAUUUUACGCACAGGAGGAUGCUGCCGCUGCCUUGCACAAAAUGAAGUAAAGCUAGCAGUCAAUGAACAGCAGUCUUGAGAAGUUAAACUCUUACAGGACCAAGUACCAUAACCAUAGUAAAGUCUUAAAAAGUACCUUUCGGGUUAUCAGAAUUAAGGAUUUUGUAAUUCCUUUCACAUUUCAAAAUGCAGAUCUGCAAGGGUCGUCUUUUGGGUAUUUCGGUGGCAGUAGCGCAUGGUGUCUUCUCCGGCUCACUGAAUAUUUUACUUAAGCUCCUCAUCAGCAAGUACAACUUCAUGUACCUCACCCUGAUCCAGUGCCUGACAAGCUCCACGGCGGCGGUGGUGCUGGAAGUGCUACGGCGGCUGGGGCGCAUCAACGUACCUCCCUACAGCUUUAGCCUUGCCCGGGUCUUUGCUACUGUGACAUUGCUCUCCACCUUGCAGUCUAGUCUCACCCUAUGGGCUCUCCGAGGGCUUAGUCUACCCAUGUAUGUGGUGUUCAAGCGUUGCCUGCCCCUUGUCACUCUCCUUAUUGGGGUGUGCGUCCUGAAGAAUGGCAUCCCCUCUGUGGGAGUUGUGAUUGCUGUCUUAAUCACUACAUGUGGAGCGGCACUAGCAGGUGCUGGAGACCUAACAGGAGACCCUAUUGGUUAUGUGACAGGCAUCCUGGCAGUAAUUAUUCAUGCUGCUUAUCUGGUGAUCAUCCAAAAGACCAGUUAUGAUAGUGAGUACGGGCCCCUCACUGCUCAGUAUGCCAUCGCCGUUACAGCUACGCCUCUGCUCAUCAUCUGCUCCUUUGCCAGCUUGGAUUCCAUUAAUGCUUGGUCCUUCGAGGGCUGGUUGGACCCAUCGGUGACCUGUACCUUUGUUGCUUGCAUCCUCAUUGGCUGUGCCAUGAACUUCACCACCUUGCAUUGCACUUACAUUAACUCAGCCGUCACAACAAGUUUUGUUGGGGUGGUCAAAAGCAUUGUCACCAUUACAGUGGGUAUGUUGGCAUUUGAUAUGGAGCCCACAAACCUGUUUGUAGCUGGGGUAGUGGUAAACACUGUGGGCUCCAUCAUCUACUGUACAGUCAAAUAUUUUGAAACUAGAAAACACAACAACUAUGAAGAUCUCGAAGACGACGAGGAUCUAAAAAGUAAGGUAGAUAACAAGCCACCAGAAGAGCCUCUCGGCAUGGAUGUCUUUGAAAAUAAAGCUACAAACGAAACAGCUGCUAAUGGCCUUGUGGUGGAGGCUGAGGGUGAGGCUAAUAAUAAAGAGGUGACAUAUAAGGACAAGUUAGAAAACAGUGAAGACUGCGCGGAGGGCUCAAAAUCCAGGACUGAAGAGCCUUCCAGUGGAAUUGGAUUACUAGCCAGUUCUUAUGCUGGAGUGUGGAGGCUAAUCAGAAAUGUCAAAGUUUCAAAAACAGAGUAUUUGAUAGAUAGCGAAGAGUUACAGAGUCCCUAAAAUUAUUCUAUAUGCAAAGAAAAUAGAGGGGGAGAACAGACACAAUACAUACACUGUACGUGUAAAAGCAGUUCGUGCAACAAUGAACAGCAGGGUUUACACGUUUAUAAACCAUACACUGUUUAGUAAUGUAUUCCCCAAGUAAUAGCCCUGCAACAAGAUCGUACAUACAAGGUGCUUCUUCUUUGCCUUUUAUGAUUUUAGUAUUGGAUGUAAAUGCUGAUUUGCUUUUCUACGAGAUAUGGUAAUUUUAAAUGCAGAUACCUGAUGAAUUUAUGGUAAUAAACACACCAAAUCGUACACCUGUCAGUAAAACAUUGUUAAUCUAAAGUACUUGGAAUGAACUGCCACUAACCUGCAGCUAGGAUGACAUUAAUGAUUGCGCUUAUUUUUGCAACAGCUGUCUGUUAAUAUUCCAUACCUGAAGAACUUGUGCUUUUGAAAUAACUGUUCAUGCCACCCACAGUGGUUGCUGACUUUUAUUCUGAAAGACAAUACCUUUCAUAAAUGCCAAAAUAACAGUUGUAUGAAAACGUAGAUUAAUUGUUGCAUGCGAUAUUCUCUGCAAGAAAAAAAAAAACAACCAAGCUAGAGUUUUCUGUGUGAUGCAUUAACCCUCCUGUAAUGAAAGCUCAUAGUAUAUAUGCAAAUUACCCCUUAAGGACAUCAAGUGUUUCAGAUGGGUUCUGAAUCAGCUAAAUUUAAAACUCAUGUGUUUCUAAAGUGUAGUCCAACUAGCCAAUAUGCUGUCUUAAUGAGAUUAGUAAAAAGGCCAAAACAUGCAUGUCCACAGCUAGUGAGAAUUGGCUUUACUGGUCUGAAUGUAAUGACGACUUUAAAAAGGAAAAAGUCAUGGGCAUUCAGAAACCAUGCAGCAAAAACAUGUGUCUUUAAGGGGUUAUUUGCAUGCAUCCAAUGGGCUUUCAUUUUAUGAGGUUUAAGGUAUAACACAGUGAAAGCUCCAGUUUGGCUGGGUUUUUCUUACAGUUUUUACUGACUUGUUUGUCUGUAUGAUCUUUUUACUCUUUGGUUUGGAUGUUAGUUUGGGAUAUUUUGUAAGCUUCUUGACGUCUGUGAGGAUCAGCUUGGUUUGAAAAAUGUAUUUCUUAACUGUAGCCAAGCUAUCUACUUAUGCUGUGCCAAUGAGGUCAGUUUAAAGGCUGAAACAUACAAAUCCACAGCUAGUGGAGUUUAGCUUUAUUGGCUUUAGUUAUUUAUAGAGUAUUUGAAAAAGGAAAAAGUCCUGGGCAUCCGGAAGCUAUGCUGCUGAAAUACUUCAGGUCAUUUGCUUAUAUUUUAUAUUUUAAGGGUCUUUAUUAGAAGACUUUUAAGGUAUCGGGUAGUGAAAACUCUAGCCUGGCUGUCUCUUGCUGCAUUUAGUGAAUGAUUUGUCUGUGUGACCUUUUUACCCUUUGGUUUAGUGCCUAAACUUACCACUGUGCAGCAAGCCAGUUUGAAAAUUAAAGUGUAAAAUAUAUGUCUAAAUGUAUGGGAACGCAUUAAAGAAAUCACGGUCUUUACAUUUGUAGAGUGCAGAGAACUGUUAAUGCAGGUAUAACCAGCUCAACUUCUUAGCACAAGAAAUGUAGACAAAAAGCCUAAAAAGGGGACAACGGUCCAAAAAUACAGGCAGAUGUUAAGAUUACUCUUAUGAACUUAGUAAAUUGCUAGAAUAACAGGGUUUGUGUCUGCGUAUAUUUUUCUGAAGGCAAUGAAAUCUGAAACUCAAAUGUACGUCAUUAUUUAGUGAUUUUAAUCCUCAGUGAUUUGCUAGAAAAACACGAAUCUUAAAAGAGGAACAGAGCAACAAAUGAGGCUAAUAUCUGGACAUUCUGCGAAAAUCUGGACAGUUGAGAGAUGUGCAGAACGGCAACAUGAAAUUUGCCUUUCGUGCGUAUAAGAGAAUGAUCUGCGAACAAAAUUUAUAAUGCUGGGCAGAUUUAACUCGCACUUUAGAUGCACUGUUAGGGGGUUCAGAACAUUCUGGUAUUACAGGUGUUGUAACAUUCCCUUCCCUUUGAAUGAUGGUCGAUGCCCCAAUAGUUGGCGUGUUUCCUUCCACUCACCCUUGUAAAACAACUAAAGGCAACAGUUCAAUCCUUCUCCCUUCUCGUUAGCGCAUGUUUUGUGUGUGUGUGUGUGUGGGGG